AUGUCAACAUCAGCAGCCCAGCAACUUGUGGAACUCAUUUCUCAGGCGGUUAAAGAUAUUGAAAUCGACACUGCUACCCAACUCCCAGGAGCGACCACCAGUAACAUCAACUCACCCAUAGUUGCGCCUGAAGAUAAACUCGAGGCUACUCCGAAGCGCAGAGAUGCAAUUCGAACAUUGCAGGCCUCAACUCACCAGUUACUUGCGACCCUGAUGCCGGCAGGCUCACGUUUAAUCAGCAUAUAUUCGUCUUAUUUUGAGAAAGUAGCAAUCGACAUCGUUGUGACAGGACGAAUUGCAGACUUGAUUCACACAGCGGACCCCGAUUUGAGUGAUGGAGGCGUUCACGUUGAAGUGAUUUCAGAGAAGGCUGGCAUGGACCCUCAGAAAUUGACGCACGUCCUCCGUUUCCUCGCGCUUCGAAACAUAUUCUGCGAAGUGACCAAAAAUCAUUGGAUUAACACUCGCUGUUCGGUUCCGUUACGAACCGACUCACAAAACAGCAUCUGCAAUCUUCUUAUGCAUUUUAAAGAAGUGGCGCUACCUGCUUUAUUGGAAUUCCCAAGAGUUAUGCUUGACACGGAAAAUGGGGGAGCUCUGAGCUGGGAUCAUAGUGAUAGUGCAUUCCAAAAGCACUUCAAACCCGGGUGCGAUCCGUUCGAAUUCAUGGCUUCUACAGACGGUGGCUAUAGAGCCGAAAGAUUCGGUAAAGCAAUGGUUGAAGUGACGAAAGCUCUUGGCAAUGGUGAAGCAGAAUACAAGUCCUAUGAUUGGAAGAAGCUUGGGCCUCAAGGUACCUUGAUUGACGUGGGUGGUGGGAUAGGGGCCGCUGCGUAUGAUAUUUCUACUUACCUUCCUGAAUGGAAGAUCGUUGUGCAAGAUCGCGCCGAAGUGGCCAAAGAUGAGAGGCAAGUAUCUUUUCCACUGCUCCCAUUCACUUACCCAGCGCCAAACACUGAACGAUCGUCCAUUUUUUUGGAAAUGAAGAAUUAUCAAAAAAUAGCUUCAACUGCCAACAUAGAGUUCGAAGAGGCCGACUUCUUGAAGGGUCAGCCAGAGCAUCGCUUGCGUAAAGCUGCUAAGCCAACAACUCGCUUGAUGAUUUGCGAGACCACUCUUGAGCCACCGCUGCUGGACCGCAACAGUCCAAUUUUAUUGAAUGGUGGAAUGGCCACACAUUUAUCACACAAUUUCAAUAUUACCAUGUUGAUUAUGAUGAAUGCAGAGGAAAGAAGUACAGAAACCUUUUCUGAAAUAUUCGAUCAGAGCGGGUGGAAAUUACAGUCAGUUUCGCCGCUAGCCACCGUGUUGUUGGAUCGUUGCAUAUUCGAGGCUGUUCCGAACACCUUUUGGAAGGAUUAA